AUGGCAACCCCUCAAACCUCGGGGAAUGUCGAUCGACCAAUAUUCACUAAACAAGCCUUCCUCGAUCUAGAAGUGGAAUUAGAAAGAGCCGGUCCACAUAUCCAAUACACGGGCCGCAACGGGUCGAGAUUUAAAAAAGUGAACCCUCUACCCGGUCAGGGUUUUGUCGAGGCACCACCUAACUCUAUGGUAAUACGAAAUUUUAUAGAGUUUAAAGGUGAGAGAACACUCAAAUUCGCUAAAUCAAAGGGGUGGGACCAAUGGUUUACGCCCGUGAUAGUCUCAACGAGACCAAUUCAUGGGCCCAACAUUACCGCUUCUACGGCGAUGACGCACAUGAAGAAUGAAAUACGAGAUUGGGAGUCGAAUGAAAUAUGUCGAAGUCUAUCUAAUACAUUGAAGGCAAUAUUGCCAUCUACUAUCAACAAGAUCAUCGCGUUUGGCCUAGGAGCAAUUGGUAAUCUGGAUUUGAGCAGCCCAUUCAGAAUAUAUGAUAUUCAAAGCUAUAGGGAGCAUGCAUACGUGCUAACCAUAGCCAGGGCCUUGAACGAAAUAAAGGGUGCAAAUGAGGAUGAAGUGGCCAUCUAUCUUCAAGAUCCUACUUAUACAACUGUAUGCAGAGAGGUUCUGACUGGUACUUUCGGCUUCAAUAUCAUCAAUGGAUACGGUGCUCGGGGCUUCGCAAUGGUUGAUGAAAAUACCCUUAUGCUAGGCCACCAUCCUAAUUUUCCCCUUCGGGAGAUUAUCGCAGAUAUCGCCCGGCCAGCCGCUAUGUGUGUGCCUUUCUUUGACAAGGAGAGCUUUGAUAAACUCCCCACGCGGAAUAAAGUGAUUCUUGCUGACAUCCCAUCGGCCCGCGUCCACGCAAUGCUACAAGAGUACGAAGAGGAAUCUAUUCCAGGCUCAUACCCUAAGAGUAGUCUUCCUGACCUCGCUGAGUGGAGACACGAGUGGAUGGAGGAGCCAUUCCAUGAUACGAAAGAGGAGCCAGAAAUGAAUAACGAUCCAAGGCCCUCUAAAGCAACGUUAUGUUUGGAUUGA